CCCAUUCUAGUGCUGGUCAUGCCUGUCUCCUGAGCAACACAGGAAUCCUAACACAUGUGUGGACCUUCAGCAGUCAGACUCAAUUCCACACAGCAUUGCUCAUGGAGGAGGGAAGUAGACAGGGUUUGCAAAGGAGAACAGUCAUGAGGAUAAGGUCAUGUUCUUAAGGAGUGGGAGUGUUCGGAGAAAACUCACUUUCUUCACGCGUUCUACUUGUGAACAGCUGGAAUUGGGCGGAACAAGAAAAACAGAAAGAGCAAGAAGGAAAGAGCUACUUAUGAAAGAAAUUUAAAAAACAGAAAAUGGACCCGCACUGACAUUUCAGCGCUGUUGAAAUGUGAAUAUGUGGCAUGUUUGUCGGCUGACUUUCAGAUGGAGGUCAGGAUAAAAUGGACUUCUAGAGACUAUCUAGAGAAGGAGUUGAACUUCCUAUGGAUUCUGACAAUACAGUAGACAUUGAGUAUAUUCCAGGUUCCAUGACGUUCACCUGACUCUCUGAAAGGGCCAUGGAGAAUGUGCCUGAACAGGGCAAUGCUAUGGCCAAUGACACCCACUCGAUGGACAGAUCAGACCAGGAAUCUGAAUCUCAACCUUCAUCGAGUCCCACUAAUGCACUCGGAUCUGUCAUUUCCUCUUCUUUAAGCUCUAUGCAGCAAAAUGAAGCACUGCAGUCAGUGCUGAAGACUUGCUCAGAGCGCAGGGUAAUCUGGAAACAAGCUUCUAAAAAGAAAGCAGGGAGAAGAACAAUACCUGGGUUCUACACAUCAGCCUGCUCUCACACAAGGGUCUGGGGAUUCAGUAGCAGUGAUGAAGACAUGGAAGCAUGUGCUGAAGAUUUGGCCAACCGCAGGGUUGAAAAUAAAGGGAUCAUUACAUCCACAGAGCAGGGAAAAGUAUUUCUGGGGAACGUUCCACAAAACAUCGGCAAACAUAAUAUCUCUUUGUGCAUCAACAAACCGUGUUCUUCACCCAAGGGCGUUUGGAGGAUGGCCAGAGAAGAGCCUGUGUUAUCAAACGGAGAUGAGAUUUCAGGAAGAGAGCAAUCAACAAAUGGGGUCUUGCCCAAGUACAUGGCUCUGAGGACAGUUCCCAGCAUUCAGGGGAGAUUAAUAGGUCAGACAAAGCAGACAGGCAUCCUAAGAGUUGUAGGUCGAGUGACUCAGGCCUGGCAGAAGCAACAGGAAGUGAAUUAUGUCGUGCCGAGAGUCUAGAAAGCAUCUGCAGCAGUGGGAGCUCUCUCUCACUAGCAGAAAGAGUGGAGAUAAACAGAACCAUCCUCAGACGGAUGCUUCAGAUAUCCCAAAGGAAGAGCGGAGAGGGGCAACAAACUACAGUCACUGAUCAGAAGAUGGAGAAUACACAAAGCAGAGGUGGGCUGAAUGACAGUGACUGGGACUCUGGGAUUUCUCUUCAAGAUGGUGAACAAUGUCAGAGGCCUUUUGUCUCUGGCUCCGAGUUGCCGUUUAGUCCUCGUCAUGAACAGGCCAAACUGUUGGAGCGAGCUCGCAUGAAGGCCCGCUCGAACCCUCUCAAAGCCGACCACACCAUCGUACCCGUCCAGAGGGACAAGCCGGAGCUGCUUUCCUGGGUCGGAGCACCAGUGCAGCAGCCUCCUCUUGUGGGUACGGAACGAGUGGUGGUUGGCUCGGGAAACCUCAGUGACUCGUCCAGCAGUGACUCGACCGGAGGCUCUCGACGCCGUCGUACACAUGGGCAGUCUCCAUCACGUGUGCGUUUUCAAGAUGAGUCAGAAAAAGACGCCGAAGUGCGUUACCUGGAGCGGCAGCGCAGACGAGGCGGAGAGAGAGCACAGGGACUGCUGGGAGCCAAGCCCAGUUUGGCAACGUACAUCAACAGACAGCGACUUGAGGACAAACACAAAAGCAGGAGGAGUCAGGAGAAUUUACCUGGGGCUAAUAGUUACUAUGAAUCUGAGAUUAUGGGUCAACAGUGCAACUCCUGUGGAACAAUAUUAAACGGAGAUUUUCAGAAGCAAUUAUCACCUGCUAAUGGAGAAACUGAGGGAAGGACGGUGCCGUGCUGGGUUGCACCCACACUGCCUAACCGCCUGGUGCGAAUAGAGCAGAUUAAAGAGACUUACAUAGGUGCCAUGAGUCCGAUCAUUGUGGAGAGCGACGGCAUACACUGUAGAGCUGCAGGCAGUCUGGUUAGUAAUAAAGAAACUCUACAGAAGCAGAAGAAAAAAAUUCAGAAGCGCGAUGGCAGUCCAGAGACGAUUCCCAAUGGGCUCGGAACAAGCGGAUCGCCAAGCAUUUCCAAUUCCAAUUUUUCUGUGUCUAAUGGAUCUAUAGCUCUUCCCCCAAACCCAUAUUGCAAAGAGUCAUUAGAGCUUAAGGUGGAGGGUUUUGCUAAGUGUAAAGCCCGUGUGCCUUCACUGGCCUCCACCGGAGAAGCUCCUGGAGCUCAAUCAUUUCCCAGGCUCCCUCAGCCUGUUCCACCACCUCUCCGUUCGAAAGAGUCUGCUCUAAAUCUGGAGAGUCCUAAUGGCCAGCGAAAUAUACCUUCACAAAACCAUCAUCUCAUGCACAAUGACACUGUACAGGGGUGGGGAGCAGUCAGAUUUGGAGGUUCUUCAUCAUGGAAGCCCUGAUCCUCCAAAAAACACAAUGAUGGGACCCAUAACAACAGGCCAACACACUUCCCACCAAGCAGGUUUGGGUCAGGACGUGGAGGUAGCAUCCUGCUCUGCCAGAAGCCCUCAGAAUAAUGGACAUCUUCAACCACCUAUAACUGGAAAGCAAGAAAAGGAGGACAGUCCAAACCCUUCACC